GAAGCCGGACUCGACGACAGCCAGUUGCGGGGAGUUGCGGCGACGAAUCCGUCUGUUGGAGCGCUGGCGUCCGGAGGUCUGGAGGAGCCGGAGGAGCGGAUCUACUGGAACACGAACCUACCGAUGGCGAGAGCGCUCAAGUCGGAGCAGGAGGCCAGCGCUCGAGCCGAGACGAACCUGCUCCCGCAGGCGGGCAGAGGCGGCGGCGCCCUGUCCAAGUUGUUCGCCUCGCUGCGUCGUGGGGGCCAGCGUAAAUCGCAAUUGUUGCCGUCGGCAACCAGUGGCCAGCAGCCGCAACAGCGCCAACAACAGCAGCACUGGCAGUCGAAUCCGGAGCUGAAUUUGGCCGGAUUCGAGGCCGACGAGACGGGUCGUCGGGCCUCGACCAACCGUUUCGGCGGCUGGAUCAGUCAACAACGAGGCAUGAGUCUGCCACGAGGAGCCGGCGCCAGACUGGCGGCUCGUGUCAUUCUGUUGGACGGUGAAGAGGUGUCGGUACAGGUGGACCGCCGUGCCACGGGACACGAGUUGUUCACCCGCGUCUGUCAGGGCCUCGACCUCGUCGAGACGGACUACUUCGGCCUGACAUACAUCAGCAAGAAGGUUCGCACUUGGGUGAGUCGGACUCGAGUUGACAGCCUCUCUCUCUUACUCAUCACACAGCUCUGCCUCUGUCCUGAAUCACACAUCGCAAGUGUUGUAUCGCCCGUGGCUGAGACAUCGUUGGGUGGCCGAAAAAGACGAUCUUCUCUCUUUUACGAGUGGUGUUACCUCGCCGUAACAGCUAUGUCGUAUUGCCAGAGAGACUCGAAGGAGCACAGCAUUGGAUCGUGGAAUUUGUAA